GUCAGUCACUGCAGAGCACUGAGUCAGCUCUGCGCUCCGUCGGCUUUAUGACUUCUUUAGCUGGUUGUUGGUGAAGACUGGACGUCCAAUGUCAACUUAAGUGCAAACCUUUUAAGAAAUACACACGAGCUACAUUCGCUCGGCUCGGAACACGCAUCCACCUUCCAGACGUUAUUCCAUCAUCGGCUUUUUGUUUGGAUUGGUUUAGCUAGGUUAACUUUGCUAACUGAUAAACGUAGUUUUUCGAUCAGCCCCGAGGCUUUUCGGUUUACAGAGACCUUGAAAGAGGAUGCCGGAGUCAAUUAAAGUAACAGAAAGACUCCACUGGCCAGAGAUGGAUAUGUCAAAGAAGUACAUCUUUAACUCUGCUAAUAAAGUGGUGAGUCCAAGUCAAGUGUGCCUAGAAAAGAUUUCUUUCUCCGUCCGCAAAGGACUACUUGGCUCUGGCUCUAACAGCUACAAUGUCCUGCUGCAAGCUGAGGAGGAGGAAAAGAAGAAGAACCAGAAGCUGUCCCCAUGCAAGAGGCCAAAGACAUCACUGAAAUGUGGUGCCACGUCUAGUAAAAGAAACCGUCCAGGUGUAGCUCAUAGAAAGGCUCGUGUUCCAGGUGGUGGAGGUGGUAAACCUGGACAGACAAACCGGGUCCUGACAGUCAGCAACUCAGCUCUCCUUAAGCCGGCACAGAACAUUGCAGUAGUUGGCAGCACAAUGGACUUAACCCCUCGUGCUGUUCCACAGCUCAGGAAAAUCUGGAUCCCCAACUUGCAUUGUACUAAACUUCCCUCUUUGCACAGAACAGCAAUCACACAGGAGGUGGACAGUGCCAAGAAGCUCUGCAUUCUUUCAGCCAUCAAGCCGUCAAAUGUUGAGAAGGAGAAGGAGAAAUUCUUCAAGUCUGACUUCAGCUACAAUCCACAGUUUGAGUACAGCAACCCUGUUUCUCAGCUAGUCCUGGAACGGCAUAACAAUGCCUCAGAUCGCUUCCUGACACAGGCGGUGCACAUCUUGGAACUCGCCUUGGGCAGAUAUGGCAGCUAUGAGAAGUUUGAGCAAGUAACCGGGGGCAACCUCCUCUCCAAGAGUCGCAUCUGGCACAACGUUAAGAAAUACAUGGAGAAGGAGGGCUGUAUGGGGGAGAUUGUUGUCCAGGUGACAGACGACCUUCUAUCCAGAGCCUCCAUGACGGUGGCGAACAGCAGACCCACACUGACCAUCAACAUCUCAACAGCACGAGAGCACUGGCUGGAGGGGAUGCUGAGGCACGAGAUCGGCACUCAUUACUUCCGGGGCAUCAACAACUGCCACCAGCCAUGGAACAGCAGCCUGGGAAGGAAGAAACACAACCUGAAGCCUCUGAACCCGACGGAGGAGGGCCUGGCCAGCAUCCACAGCGUCCUAUUCAGGAAAGACCCCACACUGUGGCGUGCCGCCCUGCUCUAUUACACUGUCUAUCAGGCCAGUCACAUGUCCUUCUCUCAGCUCUUCCACAACCUGGGGCGCUUCGUCCAGGACCCCAACACCCGCUGGGACUACUGUGUCAGAGCCAAGAGAGGCCAGACCGACACGGCUCAGCCAGGAUGCUUCAGUAAAGAUCAGGUCUACCUGGACGGAGUACUGAAGAUCCUCAGAUACAGAGACGAGAUCGACUUCCCUCUGCUGAUGGCUCUUGGAAAGGUGUCGUUUGAAGACGUAGAUCGUCUGAAAGCCAUUGCUCACAUGGAGAACGUCCGGAUUCCACAUUUCAUGCAGGACCAGGUCAGAUACGCUGAGCAGCUCACGAAAAUUAUGGUCAUCAAUCAGCUGACUGACGAGGAGCUGAAGACCAUCAUCUGAGUCCUAAAUAAAACCAGUCACAGCCUGAAUUCACCACAUCCCCAUCCCCGUGCAUGAUGGCGAAGGCUGAACUAAGUUGUAUUUCCUGGUGCACCGAAGAUAACCCUCCCCUGACCGGAUGUUAGACACUUCCUGUGCCAAUACAGCGGAUGUACAAACAAAAUGAGAUUUUUCCCAGAUCCUACAUGUGUUGCAUUUGGUGCCAACUUAUUUUUGACCUCAUACCCUCUGUUACCUGUGGUAGAGUUUCCUGAAACAGCUUGAUAACUUCUACAGCCGUGUUUUAUUGUGUUUGACAGCUUUGAAUAUGAAGGCAUCACUUGACCAUCAUCAGGUGGCAAAGUGAGGUUGCAUGGCCUCUUCUGGUGGUGAGGCUGGGGUGGUGCACCUGUCCGAAUACAGAGUGUGUAGGAAACCUUAAGAAAUUCUGAUUUUGUCUUUUCUAUGCGUUUUAAACUGGAUCCUGAUCCUUCAGCGUUCAGAUUAACAGUAGCCACAUCAUGGUUAUAGGUUGUCUUGGUACGAUUCUUGUCAGAUAAAUAAUCACGAUUAUUCUGCAUUAAUUAAUUUCCCAACACUAAAAAUGUGUAAAACCAGAUGAACACUCUUUAUAAUCCAUAUAACGUAAUGUUCAGAGCAUGUUACUGUAAACCAUCCGGAGUGUUUUCCAGCUCCUC